AGCAUCCAGAAACAACCCACAUGGUGGUGGGGAGAAUGUGCAAACUCCUUGCAGAAGUUACUUGCGAGAAGGAAAUAUGGCUGUACUGAUAUUGCUCUACCUUCCAAUUUUAUUCUUCACAAUGACUACUGCAGAGGGGCCAGAUGGCUCUGUUGACCAGUUUCCACACGUCAAACUGGCAAAACCUGGAGAAUCAGUUACAAUGAAGUGUAAAAUUACAGUUAGGAAAGGAGAAAUAGUGGGUACUCACCUUAAAAGGAAUCCUCCACCAUCGGAGGAUCUAUGUUACUUCAAAUCAAUAGAUUCAAUACACGUUGGAGAUUUGUACAAGGAUCGGCUCGAGUGUAAUAAGACAAUCGGAGAUCAAAAUACUAUCACCAUUCAGUUGAGAAAUCUCCAGAUAAGUGAUACUGAUGUUUAUUAUUGUAUCACUGGGAUAAAAAAUAUCCGAGUUUCUGAGUUCAGUGGAAAAGGAACCCUUCUUAUUGUAUCAGAGCCUGACAACCAAACCUAUGCAGCAAAUUAUGUUGAAGAGAAAUUCUGCAAAGUAGAUUAUUUGAAGGAUCCAGUAAUGAUCACAAUGAUUAUAUUUGUAGUUGUUCUUGGGAUUUGCGUACUAGUUCUGUUAAAUUCCUACGUAAGAAAACACUACCAAUAUGAACAGUCACUAUGUAUAUGAGCUCCAAGCUCAGUGUAUACAAACACAAAUCUGGUGCGAACCCAAAGCAUGGUAUGAUAAUUUCAUCUACAAUGGGCUUUCAACAUUUGAUUCAGUUUUUCUGCGAGCGUCUGAAUGCAUCAUCACUGUAAACCAAGGCUUACCGAAAUCUGUGAGAGUCUCCAAACUUUUUUUUAACACGCUAUUAUUUUACAAUGUAGCUAUUUGUCUGGUUGAUUUGUAGAAGGUAGUACUUAUGAUGAAAGUGAAUGCAUAUGUCUAAUGUAAUAAUACUAUAUAAAUAGCAUUCUGUUCCAGUACAAUAUAAAUGCACUCUGUGUCUAUUUUUAC